AUGUCUGUCCCUCUCUUCAUAGUCAGCCCUUUCGUUCGUAAAAUUUUCAAAUCUCUUGCUCCAACAGAGAAGGAGACCAAUGCUCGCGCAAGUUCACAACCUGGUUCGCAGUUGGUCUGCCCCCCUGGACCGGCCGCUUCGACCCUAGCCCGCGGUGGCUUGCUAGAGCAGUAUCGCUGCACAUGGGAGGGUCUCGAUGGCGGCGUGGGCGGUCGUGUGCGGUCGUGUGCGGGUCUCGUUCCUUUCUCUUCCAUUCCCAGCAGCGUUAGCAGUCGGAAACUUCCAUGGGGCCUUGCUUCUUCCUCGGGGCCUGGGCUGUCCAGUCGGAAGCACCAAUGCGAAGCGUCAACAGCGCUGCUUCCAUGGGUUCGUAUGUAA